AACUCUGUUUUGUAUAUGGGCUUUUUCGCGAUGUUCAGCUGGAGCAUCGACCCGCUUGGCGCGUCACAAGCUUGCCAGGGAGUGGUGGUUGAGUAGCCAACAGCACCAAUGCACAGCUAGACUGUCCGUUGUGUGGUUGGAGAACCGACGACCAUUGGCGUACAAUUUGCCGACCAAUCAUUGGGAAAGUGCUGUCGAAAAUAUCCAAUUGAGCGCGGACGAGAUACGGACAGCAGCUGGGCAGUAACCGCAGCGGGAUGGAACAGCAGCUUGCUGGUGAUGGCCAAGUGGCGGUCAUGCAAGCUGUUGCCGGUUCUGGCGGGCAGCAGGUCCAGGUGGUGCAACUGAACCAGGCGGGCCAGGUGAUCCAGGGGGCCAAUGGCCAGCAGAUCAUCAUCCCCCCGGGGGCGCAGACCAUCCAGGUGGCCACGCAGGGGGGCCAGGCCCUGCAGCAGAUACAAGUGGUGCCCGUGUCGAGCCUGCAGGGUGGCAGCACGGCACAGCAGAUAGUGGUGCAGCAGCCCCAGCAAGCUCAGCUGAUCCAGACGGCAGACGGCCAGACCUUCAUCUACCACCCCAUGCCGCUGGAGAACCCCGUACAGCAGGCUCAGCCCACAGUGAUAAACCUGAACGGCAACCUGGUGCAGUUGGCAAGCUCUGCACCAGCGACGGUGACCGCUGCCGCCACUCCGGCCACACAGGCGACCGCCAGUCCUACCACCACGCAGCUUCCCCAGGCACUGGGCGUCAACGGCGGGAACAUUGUCAUGAUGGUUCCCGGGAGCGGCGGCGCGCCACAGUUCCAGAGGGUCCCUCUCCCCGGCACGGAGUUCCUGGAGGAGGAGCCCCUGUACGUGAACGCCAAGCAGUACCGACGCAUCUUGAAGAGGCGUCAGGCUCGCGCAAAGCUGGAGGCGGAGGGCAGGAUACCCAAGGCGCGACCGAAAUACUUGCACGAGUCUAGGCAUAGGCAUGCCAUGAACCGUAUUCGCGGGGAAGGAGGCAGGUUCCACUCCGGCUCCGUAAAGAAACGCGAGCAGGCACGGUGUUGCAGGGAGCUGCUGCAGACCUCGGCGAGCCACCACCACCUGCUGGCGAGCUACACCACGGCGGUGCGCACCGGCACGGCACAGGUCAACACCGACAACAUCGCGUCCUCGCUCGUCAUUGAGAGCGGCGGGGCCACGCUCGCAGAGAUGAUGUCGGACCCGCUCACCAUCGUGACCGGGGAGGCGCACUGAGGUUAUGUGUACGCCCCCGACGGCGUGGGCACUGCGGACGGGAGUGUGCAGUGCUCGUUCUACCUGCAGUGAGGCGCGACUCGACGCCGGCCCUCGUGCGCGCGCGCCGAAACGGACGCGAUUUCACCCGAGCGGCGCGGGCAAAUGACCUGGUGGCCCUGCCAUCGUUGUUUUUGAGGAGUUGUACAUUGUAAAUACUGAGUAGUUAGUGUAGGCCGUUUCCUUUUUCUCGGGCAACUCUGUGAUCGCCUUUCCGAGGUAGGAGGUUGGACUUGAUUAUUUAUAAACAAAUUUUCUUUUUUACUGCAUCCGGUAAAAACUUUGUUAAAUUUUGUGAUUCGAAGGAAUGUGAGAAUUGUGUAAAAACGAGUUUGAAAAAAAAAAACACUUAAAAAAACAAA